UCAAGAAAGAAAAAACAAAUAGACGAGCCAUGUUUGAAGUCACAGAUUUACAAAAAAUUGGUCUCGGAUUAGCUGGAUUCGGUAUAGCCUUUCUGUUUCUUGGAGUGCUGAUGAUUUUUGAUAGAGGACUUUUGGCAAUAGGAAAUAUUCUCUUUAUAUCAGGACUAACAUGCAUUAUAGGAUUCAGGAGAACAUACAACUUUUUCUUUCAAAAACACAAGAUAAAAGCAACAGUAGCAUUUUUCUUGGGAAUUACAGUCGUUCUCUUAGGAUAUCCAUUAAUUGGGAUGAUUGUUGAAACCUAUGGAUUUAUUUUAUUAUUUGGGGGAUUUCUACCCGCAACAAUAGAAUUUUUAAGAAGGGUUCCAUUCGUUGGUAAUUUCCUUAAUUUACCAGUGAUAUCAAGUCUAGUUAGCAGAAUUGAAGAUAAAAGAACGAGGGUAUGA